AUGAUGAAGGUCGCCUCUCUUGGGAUCAUUCUGGGCUGCGUCCUGUUCUCUAGCAUCGCGGCAGCGACUACCACCGGAAUAGAGAAGACACUCAAAACAAAUCAAGCAGGAACAAGAGGUGCGAGCGAGCGGACGACGUCGCUGGCAACAUGGAUGGGAGCACUGGCAUUGCCACUAUCAGCACCAGCACCAUCGCCUGCAGACCCAGGAGGAGUGGGCGCAGUUGUAGAACCAGCUGCCAGAGCACGUGGCGUGGACCUAAGCUACCUCGCCGACAUGGUUUCCUACGCGUCCGGCCAGAUCCCGCAGAACACGGCAUUCAUCAAGCAGACCAUGCGGGCCAUCGCAGCAGGACAGCAGCACGUCGAGGAUCCCGCCGUCCAGGCUGGGAUCAAGGAGGCACUGGCAAAGACGAGAUCACACCUGCAGAACGUCGGCGGGGCGCUGGUCGCGGCUGUCGAUGCCAUCAAGAACCUCCAAAGUGCUGGGAAGGGCGUGGUGUACUCCGAACAGGCGGCACAACUCCUCCAGCUGGCCGGGCAGAUGAGAAGGAUGGGCAGGGCUGCGAAGAGGGGGCUUGUCAACAAGUCGGGAAAGGUCAGGCCACUACUCGAGAAUAUUGAUGGCGGAGAAGGGGGAAACAGGGAUAUUGACGCCAUGUUGAAGGCUGUGGGCUUGUGGGCUGGGAGUUUGAGAACGGUAAUGGGGGUUGUCAGGAGUAGUGGCGACCUUGGUCAGACACAGAAGAACGAGGUGUCUGCAGCACUGGAAAAGGUGAUCAAGGUAGCACGUGGUUUACAAAAGCUGCAGUGA